GGAGGAACCGAUACUGUCGUAGUCGAAGUACCCAUUCCUACUACUACGAUUACUAGUACCUGGACCGGUUCUGAUACGGAGACGUAUACUAUUGCUGCAUCAGAUGGUGGAACUGAUACUGUCGUAGUCGAAGUACCCAUUCCUACUACUACGAUUACUAGUACCUGGACCGGCUCUGAUACGGAAACGUAUACCAUUACUGCGUCCGAUGGAGGAACUGAUACUGUAGUAAUUGAAGUACCCACUCCUACCACUACGGUCACCAGCACAUGGACAGGCUCUGAUACGGAAACGUAUACCAUUACUGCAUCUGAUGGAGGAACCGAUACUGUCGUAGUCGAAGUACCCAUUCCUACUACUACGAUUACUAGUACCUGGACCGGUUCUGAUACUGAGACGUAUACUAUUGCUGCAUCAGAUGGUGGAACUGAUACUGUUGUGAUCGAAGUGCCAACUCCAACAGUAACCACGACCUCAACUUGGACUGGAACUGAUACGGAAACGUAUACAUUCACUGCGUCCGAUGGAGGAACUGACACUGUUGUGAUCGAAGUGCCAACUCCUACUACUACGAUUACUAGUACCUGGACCGGUUCUGAAACGGAAACGUAUACAGUCACUGCAUCCGAUGGAGGUACUAAUACUGUCGUCGUCGAAGUACCCAUUCCUACUACUACAAUUACUAGUACCUGGACCGGUUCUGAUACGGAAACGUAUACAAUUACUGCAUCUGAUGGAGGAACUGAUACUGUUGUGAUCGAAGUGCCAACUCCAACAGUAACCACGACCUCAACUUGGACCGGUUCUGAUACGGAGACGUAUACUAUUGCUGCAUCAGAUGGUGGAACUGAUACUGUUGUGAUCGAAGUGCCAACUCCAACAGUAACCACGACCUCAACUUGGACUGGAACUGAUACGGAAACGUAUACA